UCAGUUUUAUUUUGCGACAAAGCAAUUAUAACACAUGUUGAGGAAACGGUUUUACAUUGUUGUAUGUUAUACAUCGGUAAUAACAACUCUUAUCCGAUAUCUUAACAUGUAUUGUAACAAAGUAGAUUGCUAAUCGAUCCAAAUACAAGCAAGAGCUUCCAGCUUAGUCGCAAUCAUUUCCAACAAUGUUUUCAAUAAGAGUAGAACUUCUCGUGCUUGUAUUUUGGUUAACCCAAACUCAGUCUUAUGAAGUUACGUUGGAUUCGUUCACGCCGUAUUCGGAAUCGGAUUCGAGCAUGGUCGAUUACGGAACGCUUCGUAUUCUCAAAAAGAGCCGCACCAGUUUGGAGAUCUCGGGUAACUAUACCAUUCUACGCAACGUGGGCCGGGAAUUUGGUGCACUGAUGGAGUUCGGUUCGGUAAAGGACAAACGAUUCCAUCCGUUAACGCGAAACAUGCUUAAUUUCUGUGACUUUUACGCGGCAGACUUUUCGAUAAUGGACGCGGUGCGCGAGAAAUCCAACAUGCCGCCGAAGGGAGCGUGUCCUUUUCCGAAGGGCCAAUACUAUAUCGAUGGAUACGAAGCGUCUCUCUCCCAUUUGCCACCGUUGUUUUCGGCUGGAGAAUAUUUUUUGAGAUUUAUGAUCUCCCUAAAUGACAAAUACGUUGGCGGAGGCACGACGAUUUUUACAAUAACGCGUUAAAAAAUGUCUUCAAUAUUUUACAUCAUUCGAUUCGGGUUUGGUGAAGGGAUUUCGGAUUAAAAUUCCAAUUUUUUGUUUAUUUAAACUCCAUUUCUUCCUCAAGUUUGUCGAGUUUAACAACAUAAUAGAUAAUUCAGUUCAUAGCAACGUUGGAACAGACAAAAUUAAGAAUGAAUAUAAUUUUUCAAUACUUCAACAAAUCUAAAUUUCUAUUUUAUUGAG